AUGGCUUCGUUCGAGGACUACGAUGAGUUUGGAAACUACAUAGGAGGAGAUUUGGCCUCAGACGACGAGGAUGAUAUCCUUCAGCCUGAUUUUCGUCCACCCGUACAAGAGCAACCGGCGACACUCGAGGGCUACGAUGACGAGCCUAUGGGAGUUCAGGAGGACGGUGCAUUAAUGGAAAUCGACGAACCUGUUCAUAAUGCCGUAGUCUUGCACGAAGACAAACAAUACUACCCUUCAGCCUCGGACGUUUAUGGCGCAGAUGUUGAAACAUUAGUUCAGGAAGAAGAUGCUCAACCACUCUCUGAGCCAAUUGUUGCCCCCAUUAAGGUUCGAAAAUGGACUGUCGAGGAGAAGGAUAUGCCUGAAACUCGCUUUGACAAAGGCUUCUUGUUGAACAUGAUGUCGUUUCCAGACAUGAUUCGAAAUGUUGCUGUAGUAGGCCAUUUGCAUCACGGCAAGACUGCAUUGGUGGAUAUGCUGGUGUUCGAAACCCACAAACUUAUAUGGGACGCUGACCAACCGACUCGGUAUACCGAUACUCAUAUCCUCUCUCGAGAACGUCGAAUAUCCAUAAAAUCAUCUCCCAUGUCCCUAGUUCUUUCCACCACAUCCGGGAAGUCACAUCUUGUGCAUCUCAUUGACACCCCUGGACACGUCAACUUCGUCGAUGAAGUUGCUUCAGCAAUGCGACUAGUAGAUGGCAUAAUUCUAGUGGUGGAUGUUGUUGAAGGGAUGAUGAUCAACACCGAACACAUUAUACGACACGCAAUGCAAGAGGGUAUCAAAAUGACCCUUGUAGUAAACAAGAUUGAUCGACUCAUCCUGGAGUUGCGCAUUAAACCUGCCGAUGCCUACUACAAGAUCAAGCACACGAUAGAAGAAAUUAACACAUUCAUCAGUGGCAUUGAUCCCGACCCAGACCUUCGUCUCACCCCUGAAAAUGGCAACGUUGCGUUCGCGAGCACUGACAUGAACUGGUGUUUCACCCUUCGCUCUUUUGCGCAAAUGUAUGCUGAUACAUAUGGCUCUUUGGAUGUUCAGUCCUUUGCUGACCGUCUAUGGGGCGAUAUCUUCUUCAAUGAAGAAACGCGGAAGUUCACACGGAAACAAGCAGAUCCGGAACAAAGUCGUACUUUUGUACACUUUAUCAUGGACCCGCUGUACAAACUAUACAGUCAUGUUCUAAGCCAAGAAACGGAUGACCUCAAGCAAACCUUGGAGGGAUUAGGAAUCAGGCUCAAGCCGGUGAUGUACAAAAUGGAUGUGAGGCCACUUUUGAAGGCCGCCUUGGACCAGUUCUUUGGCCCGUCGACGGGACUUGUGGAUAUGAUUGCGGAGCAUAUUCCUUCACCCGUAGAAGGUGCUUCGGGCAAGGUUGAACGGACAUACACUGGUCCACAAACUUCAGAUCUGGUGGCGACGAUGAAAGCUUGCGAUGCAGAAGGUCCUGUCAUGGUUCAGAUCACGAAGUUGUAUCACACUACGGAUGCCCAGUCUUUCAGGUCGUUUGGACGUGUUAUAAGUGGUACGAUCAGAAAGGGUAUGGACAUCAAGGUACUUGGAGAAGGUUAUUCGCCAGAGGACGAGGAGGACAUGAUGAAGGCAAGGGUAGAAGAUAUAUGGUUGAGUGAAUCUCGUUACUUCGUUCCCGCCGAAGAGGCUCCAGCAGGGAACCUUGUUCUUCUUGGCGGCGUUGACGCCUCUAUAUCGAAAACAGCAACUCUGGCUUCUGUGGACAUCGACGAUGACCUUCACAUUUUCCGCCCAAUAAAACACAUGACGGAGUCUGUCCUGAAAGUUGCUAUUGAACCUAUUGCUCCAUCGGAAUUGCCCAAGAUGCUGUCUGGCCUACGAAGUAUCAACAAGUCCUAUCCUCUUGCUGCUACUAAAGUAGAAGAAAGUGGUGAACAUGUUCUGAUUGGCACUGGAGAACUAUACUUGGACUGCAUUUUGCACGAUCUUCGCAAAUUAUUCUCAGAAAUUGAGAUCAAGGUGUCCGACCCCGUGACCAAGUUUUGCGAGACUGUUCUGGAGACCAGCGCGCUGAAAUGUUAUGCUGAUACACCAAAUAAAAAGAACAAAAUCACGAUGAUCGCAGAGCCACUUGAGAGAGGAGUUGCGGAAGACGUUGAACGAGGCAGAGUGACUAUGCGUAUGACACCAAAGGAGAGAGGUUCUUUCUUCCAGGAAAAAUAUCAAUGGGAUCUAUUGGCUUCUCGAUCAAUAUGGGCGUUUGGACCAGAAGAGAGUGGACCCAAUAUACUAUUGGACGACACUCUGCCUUCACAGGUGGACAAAAAGAUGUUGGGCACUGUGAAAGAACACAUCAAGCAGGGCUUCCAAUGGGGUGCUCGUGAAGGUCCCCUAUGUGAUGAGCCAAUGCGCAAUGUGAAAUUCCGUAUCCUUGAUGCCAGCCUGGCACAAGAACCAAUUUUCCGUGGCGGUGGCCAGAUUGUUCCAACUGCACGACGAGUAUGCUACUCGUCUUUCCUUAUGGCUACUCCUCGUUUGAUGGAGCCUGUAUACUAUGUUGAGGUGCAAGCCCCAGCAGAUUGUAUAUCAGCUGUUUAUACUGUUCUUGCGAGACGGAGAGGACAUGUGACGCAAGAUAUACCAAAAGCCGGUUCGCCGUUGUACACAGUGAAAGCCCUUAUUCCGGUGAUAGAUGCCAAUGGCUUUGAAACUGACCUACGAACGGCAACGCAAGGCCAGGCGUUCUGUCUCCAAGUGUUCGAUCACUGGUCAAUUGUGCCCGGUGAUCCCACGGACACUAGCAUUAAGCUUCGACCACUGGAGCCAGCGUCUGGGCAAGCGUUAGCGAGAGAUCUUGUACUGAAGACACGGCGGCGCAAAGGUCUUGGAGACCAGAUUGCGGUGUCGAAGUAUCUGGACGACGAGUUUGUGGUAACGCUUUCCGUUCUCCUUGCUGUCGCUGCUGCCAGCGCGUCGGCCUCCGAUGAUGCAAAACCUGUAUUCCAGGCUACCGAAAUAACCGCCCCCUUCCUUGAACAAUUCACUGAUGACUGGUCGGAGCGCUGGACUCCUUCAGAGGCUACCAAGAAAACCCCAGUCGGCGGCGAGACUUUUUCCUACGUCGGCAAGUGGGAGGUUGAGGAGCCAGAGACAGUAGUCGUCGAGGGCGAUAAGGGCCUCGUGGCUAAAACCAAGGCUGCUCACCAUGCCAUCUCUGCACCUUUCUCAGAGCCAAUCAGCUUCAAGGACAAGCCUUUGGUGGUUCAAUAUGAAGUCAAGUACCAGAAGGGCGGCAACUGCGGUGGUGGCUACGUGAAGCUCCUUGAGGAUGGCUUCCAGACCAGUGGUAAAGAGUUCUCUGACAACACUCCUUGGGUUGUCAUGUUUGGACCUGAUCUCACUUGUCCUGGCACCAAGCUCCACUUCAUUUUCCGUCACAAGAACCCCAUCACCGGCGAGUAUGAGGAGAAGCACCUUGUGCCUCCUCCCAAACCCGCGUUCGAGAAGCUCACCAACCUUUACACCCUCAUUGUCAACCCCGACAACACCUAUGAUGUUCUCUUCAAUGGCGAGAGCCAGAAAUCUGGUAGUCUUCUUGAGGACUUUACCCCCGCCGUUAACCCAUCUAAGGAGAUUGAUGACCCUGAAGACACGAAGCCCGAAGACUGGGUCGACACCAAGAGGAUCGCUGACCCUGACGCUACCAAGCCCGCAGACUGGGAUGAAGAUGAACCUUACCAAAUCGUUGACGAGGACGCUGAGAAACCCGAAGGCUGGCUCGAUGACGAACCUGACACUAUCCCCGACCCUGAUGCUGAGAAGCCUGAAGAGUGGGAUGAUGAGGAAGACGGUGACUGGAUUGCACCCACCGUUUCCAACCCCGCUUGUGAGGAAGCUCCUGGAUGUGGUGCUUGGAAAGCUCCCAUGAAAGCCAACCCCGCUUACAAGGGCAAAUGGUAUGCUCCCAUGAUUGACAACCCCGCAUACAUCGGUGAAUGGGCCCCACGCAAGAUCGCCAACCCUGAUUUCUUCGAAGACCUUACUCCUGUUCAGAGCCUUGAGAAGAUCGGUGGUAUUGGUAUUGAACUCUGGACCAUGACUGAGGACAUCCUCUUCAACAACAUCUACAUUGGUCACUCUGCUGAGGAUGCCAAGGCUCUUGCUGCUGAAACAUUCGAGGUUAAGAGACCUCUUGAAGUUGAGGCCGCCAAGGUUACUCUCCCAGACGACGAUGAGGAAGUGUCCUUCGCUGAGGACCCAGUCGCCUUCAUCCGCCAGAAGGUCUUCACUUUCAUCGACCUCGCCAAGCUUGACCCCGUCCUUGCCUUCAAGACUCAACCUGAGACUGGUGUCGCCUUGGCUGGUGCCGUCUUUACUCUCUUCGGAAUGAUUGGUGUCCUCUUUGGUCUCGUCGGUGCUCAGCAAAAACCCAUUACCAAGUCGUCCAAGAAGACCGAUGCCCCUACUGCCGAUGACAAGAAAAAGGAUGAGAGUGCUCCUGUUGCACCUGCUGGAGGGGAGAAGAAAGAUGAGACACCUGUGAAGAAGCGCAAGUAA